AUGGCUGAAGAUUUGGAGUUAAAUGAUAUACGUGUAAAUUUUGUGGCUGAUUAUGUAUUAAAAACUCUGAAAUUAAAAUCAGACAAAUUUGCCAAAAUGUAUGGAGUUGAAGAAAAUAAACAAUUGAUUCAUGAAUUUUUUGAUAAAAAUGAAUCUCAGAUAUUGGUUAUUCAGUAUACGGCAGCGGGUUCUCUUCAACCGUCAACCGUAUUUCCAAAUGUUCUCAAAAAUAAAUCGUGUUAUUUCAUUAAAAAACGACGUGAACCAACACCAAGAGAUAGUUCAUUCAAAGAUACACUUAUGUACGGUGAUUUAUCAACAGCACCACUCGAUCAACUAUCAGCGAUGGUCGAUGAAUUACUGAUUCCAUUAUUGCAAAAUCCAAUGAAUAAUGAGGCUUGGCCAAAAGUAUUAUCACAAGAUAUUCUGAGACACGCAUUGGGUAUUAAAAAUAAAGUACAUAUAUUAAAUGGACAAAUGAAAGGUAAAACGUUGUUACCGGUCCCAAUUGGUGCUGAAAAAGUGACAGGAGACAAUUUUGAAAAUGGUCAUGCUGUAGACACAACAUUGUUACAUGCCAUUGAAUCUGUUGUUAUUGAAUGGUCACAUCAAAUACAAGAUGUUUUGAAAAAAGAUUCAUCACAAGCACUUCUCGAAGAUCAAAAUCCAUUACCAAGAAAUGAAGUUGACUUUUGGAAAGCAAAAUAUGUUAAUCUACUAAAUAUACAUGAACAGUUGAGUGAUCCACGUGUUAAAAAAAUGGCAGAAUUAUUGAAAAAGACAAAUAGUAGUUAUUAUCCAGCAUUUGAUUCUCUCUUGCAAGAUGUCAACGAUGCAUUAGAAGAAGCAAAAGAAAUUGAUUUAUAUUUGAAACCUGUAGCACAACAUUUUGAUUCACUUGAAACAACAGAUUUUAGUGAAACAGCACCAUUAUAUGGUCCAAUGUUUCACACAAUGUGUCUAAUGUGGGCAAACUGUAAAUCUUAUCGAAGACCAGCCAGAAUUAUCAUUCUAUUACAAGAACUAAAUAAUUUAAUCAUGAAACAAGCUUCAGAAUAUUUGGAACCAAUUGAUUUGUUCAAAGGUGAACCGGAUGAGUCAAUGGAGAAAAUAAAUCAGACCUGUCGUGCAUUAGACGCUUAUCAAUCAGCUUAUAAUCGUUAUAAAUCAACUGUGAAAGACUAUUUUAAAAAUGGUGAAAUACCAAAAGAAUGGGAUUUUUCACCAAAAUUAGUAUUUGCCAAAUGGGAUUUAUUUAUGCAACGUGUCAAAGUUAUACAAGAUUUAUUUCAAACAGCUGCCGAAUUUUUACGUUUGGAAAAAGUUGAAAUUGGCGGUGUUAAAGGAAAGACAUUGAGUCAACUUGUUAUUGAAAUAUUUGAACAAUUUAAAGAAGAAUUCGAAAAAAUGAGUUCAAAAAAAUACGAUCCAUUAGAUCCAAAUUGUAUUGAAUUUCUUGAUGAUAUUGCGAGUUUUAAAUUAUUUUUAAAAGAUCAAGAAUUAAAAUUAGCAGCAAUUAUUAAUCAAGCAUUCGAUGAUUCCAAUAGUUUAGCUAGUCAAUUUAAAUUAAUUUUGAUUCUUGGCUCAAUGGUCGAACGACCAACAAUUCAUCAAGCAUUUGUUAAAAAUUAUUUUCGUUUAACACGUUCGGUUGAACAAGAAAUAGAUAUAUGUCACGAUAUAUAUGAAAAACAAAUUGCCUAUAGACAAAUACAUGGAACAAUCGAACUACAUCGUAAUCAACCACCAAUUGCGGGCUCUUUAGAAUGGGUCGACGAAAUGAAAGCUAGAAUUAGUGAACCUGUUGAGUAUUUUACAAAAUUAGACUAUCCAGCUAAAGAUACGGACGGUGGUAAAAGAUUAAUGGCCAAACAUGAGGAGUUGCUACGUUUAUUGAACGAUUUUGCUAAGGAAAUAUUUAGUGAAUGGUCAACAAAUGUUGGAAAAGCUGCAAAUUUCAAACUUAAACAAAAUUUAUUAAUAAGAAAUCCAGAAACAAAAUUAGUUUUGACUAACUUUGAUGCACAGUUAAUUGGCGUAUUGCGUGAAGUAAAAUAUAUGCAUCAAACAAAACAAGAACAAGCAACAAUUCCUGAAGAUGCUGCUAAAAUGUAUCAAGAAAAUGAAAAAUUUGUUAAUUAUGUCACUAAUUUGGAUUAUACAACAAAAUCUUAUAAUAAAAUUCGACGAACACUCCAACAGGUCGAAUAUCCACUUGUUGAAAAACAAUUGGAACAAAUUGAUGUUAAAUUAGCAAGAGCAGAAACAGAUCUAUCAUGGGAUACACCAGAAAUUUGGGAUUAUAUCAAGAGUACGCGAGCUGAAGUUCAUGAUUUGGAAAAUCGUUUACACAAAACAAAAGCAAAUGUAGAACAAAUUCAACGUAUAAUGUCAACUUGGCAAGAUAUUCCAUUAUAUAAACGAAGUGAAGGAAAAUCUACGUUACUCUAUUUGGAUGAUAAAGAACAACGAUUAAAUAAUCGUUAUAAAGAAAUUGAAGAAGCGGGAAAGAAAAUACAUGCAUUACUAAAAGAAAAUGGUGAACUACUUCGUGUUGAAAAUUAUGAUAUUGAUGCUUGGCAUAAUUAUGUUGAUUAUGUUGAUAAAAUAGUUACCGAUGGUUUUCGAAAGAUAAUUCAGUGUAAUCUCGCAUUCUUUUUAAAAGAAACAGAUCCCACACAAAAUCCAGAUCCUCUAUUCGAAUCACAAUUGCAGUUACAAGCUCCAUAUAUGGUUUAUGCACCGUCGAUGGAUGAACACGAGAAAAAUAGCUUUUUUGCGUUAAUUGAUGGACUUAUUGGCACAAUUUAUAAACAAGGAGCACUCAUACCGAGAUUAGCUAGUCAUAAAAAUCAACAAAAUUAUCAAUCUGAAUUAGAAACGGUUCAAGAUUUAUCUGAUUUACGUUCGGAAUUUAUUGAUCGUGUUCAUAAUGUCAUUUCGAAAGCAAAUGAAUAUCGUACCUUUUUCAAUAAAUAUGCUUAUCUGUGGGUUGAUGAUCGUCAAGAAUUUAUGCGACAAUUUUUAUUGUAUGGUCAUGUGUUGAGUCAAGAAGAAAUAGAAGCGAAUGCUGAAUCAGGAGUACAGCCAAAGCCACCAACAUUACAACAAUUCAAAGAACAAGUUGAUACAUAUGAGACAAUUUAUGAUGAAGUUAGUAAAUUUGAAGAUACAAAAGUCUUGGACAGAUGGUUCCGAGUUGAUAGUCGACCGUUUAAACAAGCCCUACUAAACACAGCUAAAAAAUGGUCAUUUAUGUUCAAACAACAUCUGAUGGACGAUGUCACAAACAGUCUUCAAGAACUAAGUGAUUUUAUUAAACAUCAUGAUAAAGGUUUAAAUGUUGAUGUUGCCGAUGGUGAUUAUCAAUCGUUAGUUGGUGUUAUGGGUCAUUUGGGGGCAGUGAGAGAAAAACAACCAAUUUUUGAUGUGAUGUUUGAUCCACUGAAACAAAAAUUGGAAUUAUUAAAAGCAUAUGGUCAAGAAAUAUCAGAUGAUAUUUAUGAAAGAUUAAAUGUACUACCAGAAAAAUGGACAAAUACCAAAAAACUCGCAUUGAAUGUUAAACAACAAGUAGCUCCAUUGCAAACUAAUGAAGUAGCAAAUUUGAGACGAAAAACAGCCAGUUUUGACGUUAGACAAUAUGAAUUUCGAGAAAAAUUUCGAAAAGAAUUACCAUUUGCCUAUGAUAAUAAGCGUGUUUAUAAACAAUUGGAUAAAGGGCAUACGGACAUAUCAAAGAUGGAACUUGAAAUGUUACAGUUGAACUCAUCAGCUGCUCUCUUCGAGGUAAACGUACCCGAUUUCAAACAAGUUAAACAAUGUCGAAAAGAAAUUAAACUAUUAAAACAAUUGUGGGAUUAUAUUAAUUUAAUUCAGACAACAUUUGAAGAUUGGAAAAAAACGAAGUGGAGAGAAAUUAAUGCUGAACUAAUGGACACUGAAUGUAAAAAAUUUGCAAAAGAUAUUCGAGCAUUGGACAAAGAGAUGCGUGCAUGGAAUGCUUACUCCGGUUUAGAUGAUGCCGUUAAAAAUAUGAUGACAUCAUUGAGAGCUGUUACCGAACUUCAAAAUCCGGCUAUACGAGAUCGACAUUGGUUAGAAUUAAUGCAAGCAACGGGUGUCAAAUUUGAAAUGACCGAUUCGACAACAUUUUCCGAUUUAUUAGCUCUACGUUUACAUCAAUACGAAGAUGAAGUCAAAGGUAUCGUGGAUAAAGCGGUUAAAGAAAUGGCAAUGGAAAAAGUAUUGAGAGAAUUAGAUAAUACAUGGAAAACCAUGGAAUUUGGCAGUGAACCACAUACACGAACGAAAUUACCUCUAGUACAAGUCACAGAAGAAUUAAUUGAAGUUCUGGAAGAAAAUCAAGUGCAGUUACAAAAUAUGUUAACAUCGAAAUAUAUUGCACAUUUUCUUAAAGAAGUAACAGAUUGGCAAAAGAAAUUGUCACAAGCCGAUCAAGUGAUACACAUUUUGAUUGAAGUGCAAAAAACAUGGUCUCAUUUGGAAUCGAUCUUUAUCGGUUCACAAGAUAUUCGAAAUCAAUUACCAGAGGAUAGUGCUCGUUUUGACUCGAUUGAUAAAGAUUUUAAACAAAUAUCCGAAGAAAAUCAAAAAGAUUCAAAUGUUGUCAAAUGUACAAAUCGACCAAAAUUGUACGAACGAUUAGAAGAUCUUAAAGCAAGAUUAGCUCUUUGUGAAAAAGCAUUAGCCGACUAUUUAGAAACAAAACGAUUGGCAUUUCCAAGAUUUUAUUUCGUUUCGGCUGCGGAUCUAUUGGAUAUAUUAUCAAAUGGUAAUGAGCCUGAGAAAGUGAUGCGUCAUUUAACAAAAUUGUUUGAUUCAAUGGCUAAAUUAAAACUAACUGAAGAAAAUGGUGUCGUGAAAAAAGAAGCCACUGCUAUGUGGGCGAAAGAUGGCGAAUACAUGACAUUUCCAUCACCAUGUGAUCUUAAUGGUCAGGUGGAAAUUUGGUUAAACAGAUUAUUAGAAAAACAAUGUGAAACUGUGCGAUAUCAUUUAACAGAAGCCGUUCAAGCCUAUGAAGAAAAACCGCGUGAACAAUGGAUUAUGGAUUUUCCUGCUCAAGUGGCAUUGACUGGUUCUCAAAUAUGGUGGACAGUCGAAGUAAAUGCAUCAUUUGUCAAACUAGAAGAAGGUUACGAAAAUGCGAUAAAAGAUUAUUAUCGAAAACAAGUGAAUCAACUUAAUGCACUUAUCGUAUACUUGCUUGGUGAUUUAAAUACGGGUGAUCGACAAAAAAUAUGUACAAUAUGUACAAUUGAUGUGCAUGCAAGAGAUGUGGUGACCAAAUUAAUCGCACAAAAAUGUGAAAGUGCCAAUGAAUUUUUAUGGCAAUGUCAAUUACGUCAUCGUUGGGACGAAGGUGAAAAAGAUUGUUUCGCAAAUAUUUGCGAUGCUCAAUUUCGAUAUGCUCAUGAAUAUUUGGGAAAUCAAGCUCGAUUGGUCAUUACACCAUUAACGGACAGAUGUUAUAUAACAUUAACACAAUCAUUACAUUUGGUGAUGGGUGGAGCACCAGCAGGACCAGCCGGUACUGGUAAAACUGAGACAACAAAAGAUCUUGGACGAGCAUUGGGUAUUAUGGUCUAUGUCUUUAACUGUUCGGAACAAAUGGACUAUAAAUCAUGCGGAAAUAUUUACAAAGGAUUAUCACAGACAGGUGCCUGGGGUUGUUUCGAUGAGUUUAAUCGUAUAGCAGUUGAAGUAUUAUCUGUUAUUGCUGUUCAAGUAAAGACAAUUCAGGAUGCUAUUCGGGAGAAAAAAUCUCGUUUUGUCUUUAUGGGUGAAGAUAUUCGUUUAAAUCGAACUGUUGGCCUAUUUAUCACAAUGAAUCCUGGAUAUGCUGGACGAACUGAAUUACCAGAAAAUUUAAAAGCAUUAUUUAGACCAUGCGCUAUGGUAGUUCCAGAUUUUGACUUAAUUAGUGAAAUUAUGAUGGUUGCUGAAGGAUUUACAGAUGCACGAUUAUUGGCAAGAAAAUUUAUUACACUUUAUUCGUUGUGUAAAGAAUUACUAUCAAAACAAGAUCAUUAUGAUUGGGGUUUACGUGCAAUAAAAUCUGUAUUAGUUGUUGCCGGUGCAUUGAGAAGAAGUGACCCUGGUAGACCAGAAGAUCAAGUGUUGAUGCGUGCUUUACGUGAUUUUAAUAUUCCAAAAAUUGUCACAGACGAUAUGCCUGUCUUUAUGGGUCUUAUUGGGGAUUUAUUUCCUGCCCUUGAUGUACCUCGUAAACGUAAUCCCGAUUUUGAAAAAUUGGUUAAACAAGCCACUAUCGAUUUAAAACUUCAACCAGAAGAUUCAUUUAUUCUAAAAGUUAUUCAAUUACAAGAAUUAUAUGAAGUGAGACAUUCGGUAUUUAUUGUGGGUAAUGCUGGAACAGGUAAAAGUCAAAUAUGGAAAGUGUUAAAUCGUACAUAUCAAAAUCAAAAACGGAAACCGAUUGCUGUCGAUUUGAAUCCAAAAGCUGUGACAAAUGAUGAACUGUUUGGUAUUAUUAAUCCAGCAACAAGAGAAUGGAAAGAUGGUUUAUUUUCUACUAUCAUGCGUGAUUUAGCUAAUAUGACAUCUGACGGUCCUAAAUGGAUUGUACUUGAUGGUGAUAUUGAUCCAAUGUGGAUUGAAAGUUUAAAUACAGUUAUGGACGAUAACAAAGUCUUGACAUUGGCUAGUAAUGAAAGAAUACCGUUAAAUCCAACAAUGAGAUUAUUAUUUGAAAUAAGUCAUUUAAGAACAGCAACACCAGCCACCGUAUCAAGAGCAGGUAUACUGUAUAUCAAUCCACAAGAUCUUGGAUGGAAUCCUCAAGUUGCUACAUGGAUCGACACUCGGGAACAACAAAGUGAACGUGCAAAUUUAACAAUUUUAUUUGAUAAAUAUGUUCCAAUGUGUUUGGAAGCAGUUAAAUCUCGUUUCAAAAAAAUUACACCAAUUGUUGAAGGAGCGCAUAUUCAUAUGCUCUGUCGAUUACUCGAAUGUGUGUUAACACCAACCAAUACACCUGUCGAUUGUCCAAAAGAUUUAUAUGAACUCUAUUUUGUAUUUGCUUGUGUAUGGGGGUUUGGAAGUGCUCUAUUUCAAGAUCAGAUCACCGAUCAUCGAUUAGAAUUUUCAAAAUGGUGGGUAACAGAAUUCAAAACGGUCAAAUUUCCAGUACAAGGAACCGUGUUCGAUUAUUAUAUUGAAUCAGAAACAAAAAAAUUUGAACCAUGGACAAAAUUGGUGCCAAAGUUUAGACUUGAUCCAGAAAUUCCACUACAGUCCGUUCUUGUUCCAACAGCUGAAACCACUCGUUUACGUUAUUUUACGGAUUUGUUAAUGGAAAAGGGAUGGCCAAUAAUGAUGGUGGGUACCGCUGGAUGUGGAAAAACUGUUUUGAUCAAUGAUAAAUUAGCAUCACUCAAUGAAGAAUGGUUGGCAGUUAGUGUACCGUUCAAUUUUUACACAACAAGUGAAAUGUUACAGUCAAUAUUAGAAAAACCAUUGGAGAAAAAAGCGGGGAGAAAUUAUGGUCCACCAGGAAGUAAAAAAAUUAUCUAUUUUAUUGAUGAUAUGAAUAUGCCAGAAGUGGAUGUUUAUUACACUUGUCAACCGCACACGUUACUUCGUCAACAUUUAGAUUACAAACAUUGGUAUGAUCGUCAAAAAUUAGCAUUAAAAGAAAUUCAUAAUUGUCAAUAUAUAUCGAGCAUGAAUCCUACGGCUGGAAGCUUUACUAUCGAUACUCGUCUCCAACGACAUUUUGCCGUAUUUGCCGUCUCAUUUCCGGGCAUAGAAGCUUUAGAAACGAUUUACACUAGUAUUUUAACUCAACAUUUAGCGGAAGGAUUUGCACAACAAGUACCACGUUAUUCUAGCAGUCUUGUUAAAGGUGCACUCGAAUUACAUCGACGAAUAACAGCGCUAUUUUUACCAACAGCUAUUAAAUUUCACUAUAUAUUUAAUUUAAGAGAUUUAUCAAAUAUAUUUCAAGCCAUUUUAUUUGCUAAACCGGAAGCAUUAAAAUCUCAUAAUGAUUUAAUUCGUUUAUAUUUACAUGAAUCAGAACGUGUUUAUUGUGAUAAAUUAGUUGAUCGUACAGAUAUUGAUACAUUCAUGAAACUACAACGUGAAGUAGCUAAGAAAUCAUUCGAAGAUUUAGAUGAAGAAUAUUGUUUUAAAAAACCGAAUAUCUAUUGUCAUUUUGCCUUGGGUGUUGGUGACCCAAAAUAUAUGCCAAUUGAUAAUUGGCAACAAUUACAAAAAUUGUUAAAUGAUGCUUUAGAUGCCUACAAUGAGUUGAAUGCACAGAUGAAUUUGGUCUUAUUCGAAGAUGCUAUGACACAUAUUUGUCGAAUUAACAGAAUAUUAGAAUUUCCAAGAGGGAAUGCAUUGUUAAUCGGCGUAGGUGGUAGUGGUAAACAGAGUUUAUCUCGUCUAGCUGCUUCAAUAAGUUCUUUGGAAGUAUUUCAAAUUACAUUACGUAAAGGCUACAGUAUUGCCGAUUUAAAAGUAGAUUUAGCUGCUCUGUACAUAAAAGCUGGCCAAAAAGGAGUUGGAACUGUAUUUCUAAUGACCGAUUCACAAGUAGCUGAUGAAAAAUUUUUAGUAUUAAUUAAUGAUAUGUUGGCAUCAGGAGAAAUACCCGGAUUAUUUGCAGAUGACGCUGUUGAGGAAAUAAUUAGUGGAAUGAGAAACGAAGUUAAAUCACAAGGUAUUGAUGAUACAAGAGAAAAUAUUUGGAAAUUUUUCAUAGAAAAAGUGCGAAGAAAUUUGAAGCUUGUAUUAUGCUUCUCUCCGGUUGGUUCAACAUUGCGUGUCCGCUCUCGCAAAUUUCCAGCUAUUACCAAUUGUACAAGUAUUGAUUGGUUUCAUGAAUGGCCAGAAGAAGCCUUAAUAUCCGUUGCAAAUCGUUUCGUCAGUGAUGUGGAUGCUUUGAAACCGGAAAUAAAAGAAUCGGUGGCAAAAUUCAUGGCGUUUGUGCAUAAAUCUGUCAAUGAUAUGAGUGUCACUUAUUUACAGAACGAUAAACGUUAUAACUACACAACACCAAAAUCAUUUUUAGAACAAAUUACAUUAUAUAAGAAUUUAUUAUCGAAAAAAAGUCGUGAAUUACAAGAGAAAAUAAAUCGACUUGAAAGUGGUCUUGUUAAAUUGCAAUCUUGCGCAAGACAAGUCGAUGAUUUAAAAGAUAAGCUAGCAGCUCAAGAAGUAGAAUUGAAGCAAAAAAAUGAUGAUGCAGAUAAACUAAUUAAAGUUGUUGCAACUGAAACUGAAAAAGUGACAAAAGAAAAAGAGAUAGCCGGUGUUGAACAAGCAAAAGUAGCUGAAAUUGAAAAAAAUGUUACAAUAAAAGCAACUGAUUGUGAACGAGAUUUAGCACGUGCUUUACCUGCAUUGAAAGCAGCAGAAGAAGCGCUAAAUACAUUAGACAAGAAUAAUUUGACCGAAAUGAAAGCAUUUCCAAAUCCGCCUGAAGCCGUUUUGAAAGUGGGUGCUGCUGUAAUGUGUCUAUUACCACCUGGUGGAAAAAUACCAAAGCCAGCCCAACGUGAUUGGAAAACUGUUAAAGCAAGUAUGGGAAGUGCUGAUCAAUUUCUUGUUGCACUACGAACAUACGAUAAAGAAAAUAUCCGUGAAGAUAUGCGGAGAGAAGUGAGACCAUAUUUAGACGAUCCAGGUAUGUAG